CAAGCAUUCCUUUCCUUCCACUAGUUCAUUCUUCAAAUUUCCUUGAUCCUAAAAUGCCUGCAUCACACAGGACGACUCCCUGUCCGGAGAUCUAUGGCCCGGGCACUUUUGUCGACGAGAACUUCCUUCCUGUUCCCGAUGACGCUCGUCGAGUCUUCGAAAUUCUUGCCAACGCAACUGAAAACUUUACCAAAGACCCUCGCAUCUGGGACUCGGUCAAAUUCGAGGGCCACGAUGAUCCCAUUAUUCCCGGGCCUCUAAAGGCCCCCGUUAUUGCGGCUGCGCUUCAUGCGAUGUGUGGCGUUGUUGCCAAUGAAUUGCUGGCCGAACGAGACGGCCAAGAGGUAUACGACCGGGAGGUCACCAUUAAUACCGACCAAGCCGCGAUUUGGCUUGGAUCCAUUCUGACGGUUCGCUUGAAUGGAUCCGACGUCAGCGAGUCGAUCAAGAUGGGCAAAGGUUCUUCUAUCUUCGACCGUGAUUUCGAAAAGGGCGUUUUUGACAACCCCCUCAAACUCCGAACGACUGCAAUCUAUCCUACCAAAACUCCUGGCGUCUGGUACCAGCUACACGGGUCGCUAAAUGCAAACCCCGUCCUUCGCGCAAUCGGCGUUGAUCCUGAAACCAAAUGUGAGACCCUCUCUGAUGCCUACAGCGUUAUUCGCGAGCAGGUUCAGAAAUUCACCGCGGACGAACUGGAGAUGAUCAUGGUCAAGAAUGGAUUCUGUGGAAGCAUCUGCCACACUCCUGAGGGAUGGGGUGAGACAUUGAUGGGCAAGCGACUCCGGAGCCAUCCCCUUGUCAAUUAUUCCCACCAGUCUUAUGCUGCCUCUACACCUCCAUCUCCCUUGCCUAUCUUGCCGAGAGACAAGCGUCCUCUGGCUGGCAUCAAGGUUGUGGAGCUGGUUCGAAUCAUUGCCGGCCCCGUAAUUGGAACUACUUUGGCUGCGCUUGGGGCCGACGUUAUUCGCAUCAACUGCAGCAGGCUUCCGGAUCUGAAUGCUCUGCAAUUGACAUUGAACGCUGGAGUGCGGACCGUUGAUCUGGACCUCAACAAGGAUGAAGAUUCAGCUCGCCUGAAGGAGCUAGUUAACGAUGCGGACGUUUUCAUCCAAGGCUUCCGACCAGGUGCCCUAGAGCGGAAGGGCUUUGGCUUGCACAAUCUUCUGGAGAUGGCCAGCAAGAGAAACAAGGGAAUUGUCUACGUCGAGGAAAAUGCUUAUGGGCCGGAUGGGCCUUUCCGCGAGAGACCUGGCUGGCAGCAAAUUGGAGACGCGGCUUCGGGAGCCUCCUUUGUGACCGGAAGAUCCCUUGGCUAUACGGAUGGAACCAGUGUUCUGCCACCUCUUCCCAUCUCGGACAUGACAACCGGCCUCGUUGGAGCCCUCGGCGCUUUGAUGGCCCUUCGUGAUCGCACUCGAAAUGGAGGCUCUUACCGUGUGCUCAGUUCCCUGGUCGCCGCUGAUGCCAUUUCGCUCCAACAAGAAAUAGGACUCUACUCACCGGAGGUGGUGCGAAAGAACGAGGAGACUUUCCAGUGGAAGACCAUGGAACCUUCUCAGUACGUGUCGGAAUUGCUCCUGGUCGUCAUGGAUGGCUGGAAGAGGGUAUACCCAGAGUAUUUUGCUCCGAAUUCGCCCUUUAUGACGACCUUUGAGAAGAGCCAUUGGGGCCAUUUACAAUUGCUCAGCCCAGUGGUCAGGCUAGGUGAUGACUCUGCGACGCCUCGUUGGAUCAGUCCAUCUGUGCCGCACUGUUAUUACGACUUCAAUACCUCAUGGUUUUGAAGGCGGCGGUUUUGAAAAACACUAUUGACAGACGUGCGUAUUGACCUGAAUCGUCCUGGCAUCAUACAACAUUUGAUAGAGUGAAUAUAAACAUGUUUGAG